UUAUCACAAUUUUUCCGUUAAUUUCUUCUGCUAUUUCACACCCAAAAAUGGCAGCAUCUUCAUCAACAGUUGUGAUUGCCACUUUACUAGUGAUCGUUGCGUUAACGAUGGGCGGCUCGUCUGCUCAGCUGACGACCGAUUACUACAAGAAGACGUGCCCUAAGGUGUUUAGCACCGUGCAAUCAGUCGUUAAGGAUGCCAUUGCCAAGGAGAAGCGCAUGGGCGCCUCCCUCCUCCGACUCCACUUCCACGACUGCUUUGUCCAAGGCUGCGAUGGAUCAAUAUUACUGGACGACACUUCUUCGUUCAGAGGGGAGAAGACUGCUGGUCCCAACAACAAUUCCGUCAGGGGUUUCGACGUAGUUGAUGAUAUCAAGUCCGAGGUGGAGUCAGUUUGUCCGGGCGUCGUCUCCUGUUCUGACAUCUUAGCCAUUGCGGCUCGUGAUUCUGUUGUUCUUCUUGGAGGGCCGAACUGGAAUGUGAAACUUGGAAGGAGAGACUCAAAAACAGCCAGCCUCUCGGCUGCGAAUAGUGGUGUGAUUCCACCCCCAACUUCUACACUUAACAACCUCGUCAAUAGGUUCCAAGCCAGAGGACUCUCCACCAAGGACAUGGUUGUCUUAUCAGGAGCACACACCAUCGGGCAAGCAAGGUGCACCCUCUUCAGGGACCGUGUAUACAACGAGACUAACAUCGACACUUCUUUUGCUCGGACAAGACAAACAAACUGCCCUAGAAACAGUGGGUCGGGAGACAACAACUUGGCCCCUCUCGACCACAAAUCUCCGACAUUUUUUGACAACAGUUACUACAAAAACCUCAUCAACAAGAAGGGACUCUUGCACUCUGACCAGGUUCUCUAUAAUGGUGGGUCGACGGAUUCGCUCAUCGAAUCCUACAGCAAGAAGCCUGAAGCCUUCAACGAUGAUUUCGUUGCAGCCAUGAUAAGGAUGGGGGACAUCAGCCCUCUCACAGGAUCAAAUGGUGAGAUCAGGAAGAAUUGUAGGAGGGCCAACUAAGAACAAAGAAGAAUAUUCUUGUGUCCGUUUUGAGUCCAUUCAGUAAAUUAACGGCCUGUCGGCUUUCAUUGUUCUUGAUUUGUCUUGUUCGUUUGAUUGUCAAGAGAUGUAUUGAUGUGUUUCAUUAUUCUUCCAUGGUUGCGAGCUACAAGACAUCAGUUGGUACUAUGAAAGAAAUAUUAAUUUGAGAGUAA